CAUUGUAGUAAUCAUUACAAUCAUUACUUACUGUUAGAUACAAUACAGAGAUAUGGUGAUAACAUAACGAUCAAAAGUAUCGAUAAGGUAGAUAUUUAUUAACUUGAUAGCUUUGCUUGUGAUCUACAUCGAUAAAACAGAUAAAGAACAGAGUCGAGGUUCUUUCAGUUUGCCUCAGCCUCUCAAUAAAAGUUGAGGCUUUUAAACAUUUAGACACGCGUGGUAUUGUGUAGAUAGUAAUUGCAUAAAUUGAAAUAAAAUUUUAACAUAAAAUUGACAGAAAUUUUAAAAUACAAUGCUUGAAAAGGCGAUAAAAGAAUGCUCUGUUUCAGAACAUGCACCAUUAGAUGUUAUACAAAAUGCUAUGGGUGUGAUGGGCCCAUGGCACAUUGUUAUUGCUGUGGCAUUGUCUCUUGUAAAAUUUCCGGUUGCUUGGCAUCAACUUUCCAUUGUAUUUCUUGCACCUCCAACUAAUUUUACAUGUGCUGCUCCAAUCUCAACCACUAAUGUAUCUACAAUAAUGAAAUGUUAUGUAGAUGUAGGGAAUGGUACAAUGGAGAAGUGUACAAGUUUUAAAUAUGAUAGGCGCACAUUUAAAGAGAGUAUAAUAACUCAAUGGGACUUGGUCUGUGAUAGAGAACAAUUAGCAAAUUUUGUACAAUCUUGUAUAAUGUUUGGAGUUCUUAUUGGUAACUUAGUAUUCAGUAUAAUGGCCGAUCGAAUUGGUAGAAAAAAGCCUUUGAUGAUUGCCAUAGGACUACAAUCAUUAACUGGAUUUAUAAGUGCAUUUGUUCCAUGGUUUGAAUUAUUUGUGAUAUUUAAAUUUAUUUCUGCUGUAGCUACAGGUGGUACUAUGCUUGUUAGUUUUGUUUUACUUAUGGAGAUUGUAGGAGUAGAAUGGCGUUCAAUUAUGUCAGUCCUUUUCCAUGUGCCAUUCUUACUGGGUCACCUAAUGAAUCCUUUAAUUUCAUAUUUAACACAUACGUGGGAUGGUUUUCAAAUGGCAGUUUCCAUACCAUCCCUUUUCUUAUUAUCAUAUUAUUGGAUUAUACCUGAAUCACCAAGGUGGUUACUUGCUGUUGGCAAGCUAUCGAAAGCAGAACAAAUUCUAGUCAAAGCAGCUGGCAGAAAUAAAAUACCAAUAGAAAAUGUUAAAAUAGCAAUUGAAACAUAUGAAAGUAAUAUUGGACUUCGUCAUAAGCAAAGCAAAGAAAAAUAUAAUAUAACACACUUGUUUAGAACUCCCAAUUUAAGAUUAAAAACUAUUUGUGUAUGUCUUAAUUGGUUUGUGUGUGGUACUUGCUUUUUUGGAUUAGCACAAUAUAUGGGUUAUAUUGAUGGUAACAUUUUUGUAAAUGUUGCUGUAUCAGCUGCUGUUGAAUUGCCUGGAACUAUAGUAGUUUUAUUCUUAAUAUCACGUGUAUCACGUUUAAGAAUUCUAAUAAGUGGAAAUCUUCUAUCUGCUGCAAGUUUGCUAUUACUAGCUGUGAUAUCAAAUUCAAAUUUCACAGUACUUUUGGCUACAUUAGGUCUUGCAGGAAUGUCACUUAGUUUUCCAACAAUAUAUCUGUAUAGCAGUGAGGUAUUUCCAACUGUAAUUAGAAAUGUUGGUGUUGGUUUAGGAAGUGUUUGUGCAAGGGUUGGGAGUAUGAUUGCUCCAUAUAUUGCAACAAUGGGAAAAGUUGCACCGUGGUUACCACCAUUAAUAUUUGGAACUGGACCAUUACUUGGUGCUUUAUUAUGUUUCCUACUACCAGAAACAAUGAACUGUGAAUUACCAGAAACUAUUGAAGAUGGUGAAAAUUUUGGGAAAAAACAGACUAAAAAAGGUGCAACAAAAUAAUAUUUAUUUAAAAUUAACAAUAAGAGGGAAGCCCACAAUAAAAUAAUGAAACAGAUCCUGCCUCUUAAAACAAUAAAUUUACAAAUUUUAUAUUAAAAACUGUAACUGU